AUGUUUCCUGGCCCGCCGCCAGGCAUGAACCAAGGACUCUUCGGCAAUGCACGCCCAACCUUCAACCCGAACAGCUAUGACUACGCCAGCAACUCGCUGUUUGGCAGCUCACCGCCCAAAGGAAGCAUGUUUGAAGGCAAUGGGCUCGGCUCAAUAGGCACUUCGACUUCCGGACGGCCCCCAACACAACGCGGACGCAUCGCAACUUCUGGCCAGUUCCAAGCGCCCACACACACCCUACACCAGGACGCGGAGGGCGAAUCAGAAGAAGAGUACACGGACGAAGAUCAGGAAGAAGAUGACGACAUGGACGAAGAUGAGGGCACCGAGGAGGACGAGCCGCUCUCACCGCAGCGCCGCAACAAGACACAGAACAGGUUCUCCCAGUCAAUUGUCUCAAGAACAAGCGCAACCGACAUGGAGCCAAGUCCAGCCUUGGUGCGGUCAGGCGCAAAACAAACGCGAUUCGAUCUCCUUGCGCUCGCCAAGGGCCUGACUUCCAACAGCGACCGACAGGCUCUGCGCGAGUCCGACCAAAUCAUAUUGGAGACGGAGCGUCUGGUCGAGAGAGUUCACGAGUCUCUUCAAUCAGACUCGCCAGACAAGCGGACUGAGGUGCUUGGCACAGUCGCUCAGGAGUUGAUCGCAACUUGGCCAGAUGCACACAAGUCGACUUCACAGGAGCUGUCGCAAGCCCGCCAGCUUGCUGCUCUUCUGCUGACCCUUCACAAUCCCCCACAGAUUGGCCUAAACCAGCGAGCCUCCGCCCUCUCCCUCGUAGCGCGAACCGAUUCGAAACAAUACACACCCAUCCCGCGAGUGCUGCUCGACUGGCUGAACAGCACAUUCCCUCAGGUCGAGGCUGAAUUGGUGUUGAAGGAGACCCGCGGAUAUUCAAGACAUUCCUCGUUCUGGGAAGCUGUCCAUGUGUCUACUGUCAGGGGCAACUUCUCGCAGACUAUGAGACUACUUCAGGGCGCUCAGCUUGAGCACGCCGAGACAGCUCAACACGACGGAUUGGGCACUUCAGGUUACGUCGGGUCACACCUCUCAUACGCAAACCACGCGCUUCGGGAAGCAAUCGAUCUCCUCCGGGAAUGUCCAGCCAUCGCAUCGGAGGAUUGGGACAUCAAGGGACACGAUUGGAGCAUCUUUAGGCAGCGCGUUCACCAAGUGAGUGCUAGCUUGGAGGAGUUUGCCGAGGGCGAAAGUGUGAGCCGACACUCUAUCUCCCAGCCUUUCAAGGCGGCACAUUUUGGCAUAUCGCAAACUCAGGCAAGCUUCCAGCUUAGUGUGGCCAGUCGCAAAGCCGAAAGUAAAGUGCCCUGGUCAGUGUACGAGGCCCUCAGCACGGUCUACAAGCUCUUGCUGGGCGAUGAAGAAGCGAUCCUCGAAUUAUCGGCCGACUGGAUCGAAGCAGUAGUGGGUCUGAGCGUCUGGUGGAAUGGAGAAGAGGAAGAUUCCGCACAGGGUAGUCUGGCCGCAAGCCGUCGCUCCAUCAUGCGGUCUCAACGAGUGCGCCCUGUCGACGUGACUCCGGUCAAAGCGUACUGCCAACGGCUGUCUUCCGCGUUGGCGGCUGUCAUCCAGAACAGCGACGAAGACUUCAGUGUCAAUGCUGUCGACCCUUUCGAGGUAGGCAUAGCAUGUAUACUUGAUGACAACAUCGAGGGCGCUCUCCAAAUCUUGCAGGGAUGGUCCCUCACCAUGGCCUCUGCAGUCGCGGAGCUUGCCAGUGCAGGAGAGUGGUUCACAAGCGCAAGGGGCCUGAUGGAUCAGUUCGACCAGAGUGAUCUAAUGGUCCUGAGUUACACUGAACAGCAACAGCCGAAGGGUGUGAGAAAAGACGACAUACUUAUUGCCUACGCCAAUUUGUUGCCUUCCAGGGGCGAACUCAAGGCUAGAGACGGUCAGACAUCCAAAGAAGGAUGGGAGAUCGCGGUGCAGAUUCUCGGUAGACUGGACGACGGCAUCACAGCAAACGAGCGCAUCGAGCGGAUACUAAACGACUUGCAACUCGAGUCCUCAGCUCGUGUCGACAAGAUCACCCAGCUUUGCCAUAACUUGGGCCUCUCACAGCAUGCCGUCAUCAUCGCUCAGGUAUGUUAUAGAGCAGGAACACUCCCGGAUACAAGCUGA